AUGUGGCAGUUCAUAAGUCUCUUACUGUUCGUGGCCAGCUGGGAAAUUUCUGGCACACCAGCUACUUCUGAUGAAGUGUUCUCCAGUGCUGAGCAUGCCCACCAGGUGCUUCAGAUUCGAAAGCGUGCCAACACCUUUUUGGAAGAGAUUAUGGCAGGAAACUUGGAGCGUGAGUGCAUGGAGGAGACCUGUGACCUAGAGGAAGCCCAAGAGAUUUUCAAAAAUGUGGAUGACACGCUGGCCUUCUGGUCCAAGUAUCACGAUGAGGACCAGUGUGCAGCUCCACCUGCAGGGCACGCUUGCAAAAGUCCCUGCUGCGGGCAUGGCUCUUGCAUUGAUGGCAUCGGAAGUUUCCGCUGCGACUGUGCCCAAGGCUGGGAGGGCCGCUUCUGUACACACGAGGUGGUCUUCUUCAACUGUUCUGUGGACAAUGGCGGCUGUGCACACUAUUGCUCAGAGGAAAACGAGGGGGGUCGCCACUGCAGCUGUGCCUCUGGCUACAGACUGGGAGAUGACCACAUGCACUGUGAGCCCACAGUGAUGUUUCCCUGUGGGAAGAUAGUGACAAAAAAGAGCAACAAUUUGAAACAUCAUGUAGAUAAAGUUGACCCUCGACUCAUUGAUGGGAAGUUGACCAAAUGGGGAGAGAGUCCCUGGCAGGUGAUCCUGCUGGAUUCCAAGAAGAAGCUUGCCUGUGGGGCAGUGCUUAUCCACCCUUCGUGGGUGCUGACUGCAGCCCACUGCAUGGAGGAUGCCAAAAACCUCAUUGUCAGGCUUGGCGAAUAUGACCUUCGGCGUUCAGAGAAGUGGGAAGUGGACUUAGACAUCCAGAAUGUUCUCAUCCACCCCAACUACAGCAGGAGCACGACUGACAAUGACAUUGCACUGCUGCACCUGGCUAGUCCUGCUACUCUGUCACAGACGAUCGUGCCCAUCUGCCUCCCAGACAGCGGCCUUUCAGAACGUGAACUCACACAGGUUGGCCAGGAGAUGGUGGUGACAGGCUGGGGCUAUCGAAGUGAGACAAAGAGGAACCGCACCUUCAUCCUCAACUUCAUCAAGAUCCCCAUGGCUCCUCGCAAUGAAUGCAUCCAGGCCAUGCACAAUAUGGUCUCAGAGAACAUGCUGUGUGCAGGCAUACUUGGGGACCCCAGGGAUGCCUGUGAGGGUGACAGUGGUGGGCCCAUGGUCACCUCGUUUCGUGGCACCUGGUUCCUGGUAGGCCUUGUGAGCUGGGGUGAGGGCUGUGGACGCUUACACAACUAUGGCAUCUACACAAAAGUUAGCCACUAUCUAGACUGGAUCUAUAGCCAUAUUGGGGUCAAAGAUGCUUCCCUUGAUAAUCAAGUUCUGUAA